GCCGCGCCCUUCCGGGAUCGGGAUCGCGGGCCGGGAAGCUCUGGUCGCUGCGCGUUCCCGGCCGGCCUCGGCCUGCGACCCGGAGCAUGAGCCGCAUCUACCAGGACAGCGCGCUCGGGAACAAGGCGGUGCGCAGCGCGCGGCUGCCGGGGGCCUGGGACCCCGCGGCGCACCAAGGGGGAAACGGCAUCCUGGUGGAGGGAGAGCUGGUGGAUGUAUCUCGGCACAGCAUUGUGGACGCCAAUGGCAGGAAGGAGCGCUACUAUGUGCUGUAUAUACGGCCCAGCUGCAUCCACCGCCGAAGGUUUGACCCCAAGGGGAAAGAAAUCGAGCCCAACUUCAGCGCCACCAGGAAGGUGAACACAGGCUUCCUCGUAUCAUCCUACAAGGUAGAAGCCAAGGGGGACAGCGAUCUGCUCACGCCCGAGGUGCUGAAGGGGCUGAUGAACAAGCCCGAGCUGCUGCAGCUGACCGAGAGCCUCACGCCCGAGCAGACGGUGGCCUUCUGGAUGCCUGAGGCAGAGAUGGAGGCAAUGGAACUUGAGCUGGGGGCCCGGGUACGGCUGAAAACACGGGGUGACGGCCCCUUCGUAGAUUCAUUAGCCAAACUGGAGGCCGGAACAGUGACCAAGUGUAACUUUGCUGGUGACAGGAAGAUAGGAGCGUCGUGGACAGACAACAUCAUGGCCCAAAAGUCUUCACAGGGAGCUGCAGCGGAGAUCCGAGAGCAAGGAGAUGGCGCAGAGGACGAGGAGUGGCCAGAAGAAAUCCAACAGCAGAUCGUUAGAGAGACUUUCCAUCUAGUCCUCAAGCGGGAUGACAACAUCUGUAAUUUCUUGGAGGGAGGAAGUUUGAUUGGUGGCUCUGACUACAAACUGAUUUAUCGGCACUAUGCUACCCUAUACUUUGUAUUUUGUGUGGAUUCAUCAGAGAGUGAACUUGGGAUUUUGGACCUCAUCCAGGUUUUUGUGGAGACUCUGGAUAAGUGUUUUGAAAAUGUUUGUGAAUUGGAUUUGAUCUUCCAUAUGGAUAAGGUCCACUACAUCCUCCAGGAGGUGGUGAUGGGCGGGAUGGUGCUAGAAACCAACAUGAACGAGAUUGUGGCCCAGAUGGAGGCUCAGAGCCGGCUAGAGAAGUCGGAGGGCGGCCUUUCUGCGGCCCCUGCGCGGGCUGUGUCUGCGGUGAAAAACAUCAACCUGCCUGAGAUCCCAAGGAACAUCAACAUUGGCGACCUGAACAUCAAAGUCCCCAACCUGUCCCAGUUCGUCUGAGGGCGAGGCUUGGGCUAAACUGGAACCCUUUAGGACGAGCAAAGCCAGGCAAGCUGGAAGCAGAACCCAUGGGCACCUUAGUCAAGCCUCGGCCCUGGUACUUCUCUGUGUGGGAGUUGUGGAGCAGGGUUCCACACACCCCCAGCCCUCUGGCAGCGGGGAGUCUGCACCAUGCCACCUGCACCUUAGCUCUUUCCUGGCCUCCCUCCAGGACUGAGCUUGUUCUCUGACUCUUCCUCCUCCGCACCAGAGCUCCUGAGGGCCAGCGGGGAGGAACCGGCCCUUCUGUGGAUGUAAUGGGGGCAGGGGUGGGAUUCCUGAGGCCUGCAAUCUCCUGCUGGCUGUGCCAGGGCCCUUUUACUCAGAAUCGUUUUGUGUACCAAAUCUCUUUGGUUGCCUCCUUCUGCAGAGGACAUUUUCCCCUCCCUGUGGUCCGGGUUCUGUCCUCCUGAUGUUUGUGUGCAGGAAGAAUCCACAGCGUAAGCCUGGUGCACACCACCAUACCUCUCAUCGUGCCGGAGGGGUCCUCCAGGGUAGAGAGGGACCUGUGUCUGUAGGGUUUAAAAUACAUUUCCCUCCUGGGAGCAGAGGCUCA